AUGCCCCGACAGGACUCAGCGGUCAUGGCCGGCACUCUGACCCACCAGGGCUCCCCUAACCCGGGCUACAGCCCCAACAACAACGCCGUCCCGGUGCCGGCCAUCACGCAGACGGACUCCAGGGACAAAUGGAGCAAAAAGAUGGAUUUCCUCUUGUCUGUCAUUGGCUUUGCGGUGGACCUGGGGAAUGUUUGGAGGUUUCCUUACGUAUGUUAUCAAAACGGUGGUGGUGCUUUCCUCAUUCCCUACAUCUUGAUGGCCAUCUUCGGUGGCGUGCCGCUCUUCUACAUGGAGCUGGCACUGGGGCAGUUCCACAGAACUGGAGCCAUAUCCAUAUGGAAACACAUCUGUCCUAUUUUCAAAGGUAUUGGAUAUGCCAUCUGCAUCAUCGCUCUGUACGUGUCCUUCUACUACAACACCAUCAUCGCCUGGGCCCUCUUCUACUUCUACUCCUCUUUCAGCAACAUCUUGCCUUGGACAAACUGUGACAACGUGUGGAACACCCCCGACUGCACCAACUACUUUGGUAUAGACAACGUCACCUGGACAAAUUCCUCCAGGUCUCCCGCAGAGGAAUUUUACACGAGGAACGUUCUUGAGAUCCACAAGUCGCCAGGGCUGGAAAACGUCGGGGGUGUGCGAUGGCAGUUGGUGCUCUGCCUUUUUCUCAUUUUCACCAUCGUGUAUUUCAGCCUGUGGAAGGGCGUGAAGACAUCAGGAAAGGUAGUGUGGGUGACCGCCACUUUACCCUACAUCGUGCUUUUCAUCCUCUUGAUUCGAGGAGCCACUUUGCCAGGAGCCUGGAGAGGCGUGGUGUUUUACCUGAAGCCCCAGUGGGGGAAGCUGCUGGAGACCAGUGUGUGGGUGGAUGCUGCAGCUCAGAUAUUCUUCUCUCUGGGGCCAGGUUUCGGGGUCCUGCUGGCUCUCUCCAGCUACAACCCUUUCACUAAUAACUGCUAUCGAGACGCCAUCGUGACAAGUUUGGUGAACUGCCUGACCAGCUUCGUGUCCGGGUUUGUGAUCUUCACAGUGCUGGGCUACAUGGCAGAGAUGAGGAAGGUGGAGGUCGAGGAUGUAGCCAGGGAUAAAGGACCAAGCUUACUCUUCAUCACGUAUCCGGAGGCCAUCGCAAACAUGAUGGGCUCCACCUUCUUCGCCAUCAUCUUUUUCGCGAUGAUGAUCACGCUGGGACUGGAUAGCACUUUCGGUGGGCUGGAGGCGAUCAUCACUGCUGUGUUGGAUGAAUACCCGGAUCAUUUCUCAAACAGACGGGAACUUUUUGUUCUGGGCUUGGUCAUUUUCUGCUUUUUGGGCUCUCUGAGCACCCUUACAUAUGGUGGUGCGUACGUGGUGAAGCUGCUGGAGGAGUUUGGAGUCGGAUGCUCUAUUAUUGCUGUGGUUUUCCUUGAGGUCAUUGCAGUGUCCUGGUUCUAUGGCAUCCAGAGAUUCAGCAGGGAUGUUGAGGCCAUGUUGGGCAAAGCUCCAGGUUUAUUCUGGAAGGUGUGCUGGGUCGCCAUCAGUCCUGCAUUUCUGGCGUACAUCAUAGUGAGUUCCCUGCUGAAGGCGCCGCCGCUCACACUGUUUGAUUACAAGUACCCGGACUGGACCAUCAUAGUGGGAUACCUCAUUGGCUUCUCGUCCUUCAUGUGGAUCCCCAUCUACAUGGUCUACAAGCUGGUGUGGACCCCUGGAUCCCUCAAACAGAGGUUGGCGGUGUGUCUGAGACCGGAGAGGACCAUACCAGACAUCCACGCUGACAGCCUCAACAUGGUCUCUGUGCCAUAG